AUGGCUGGCCACUGUGGUUCCACCAUGACAGUCAUGUGUUUGUCACACCUGAUUCUGUUGCUGAUCAUGGUUGAUUUCAGCUUGACUCAGAGAUCUUACCCAACCAUAACUGAUGUCUCAGCAAUUGAUAACCAGUAUCUGCGAGAGGAUCUUCCCCUUG